AUGGCUACAAUAAAGGGCAAAGGACCGUUGUUUGAUGGCGGUUUAUGUCGAUGUUGUGGAAAUAUGAAAAAAUGUCGUGUUUUGAACAUUGAAUACGAGAGUUUAGGCCAAAAAGAGGUUUAUUCGGAUAUGAUAAUGGAUUGCUUCGGCUUACUGCUAUCGCACUUAGAUGGAGUGCCAUCAGAACGCCUAGUCUGUGCGACAUGCGUGUCUCGUAUACGUGAAGCAUUGAGCUUUCGGAAACAAGUGCUCAGAUGUGAAGAGGCAUUCCUACAGAUGAAGAUAUAUGAUGCAUCGACUGAUGAGCCCAAGAUAGAAAACCAGUGGCAUUCGAGGAUUGAAGUGGUAGUAAAAGCUGAACCAGUACCGAUGCAACAGAGUGAUGAUGAUCAUUGUACAGAUACAUUGGCUGAUACUCCAGAACCCGAUUUGAAACACGAUAAAGCAAGCGAUGACGAUGACCAACCAUUAAAACGUCCCGCCACGCCACACAUUGAGGAGACAGAUAGAUUUGUGGAGAUUCAUGUCCCUCCAUUAGAUUCUGUCAAAGCUCAGGCGCCGGCGCCUAAAGCGAAAGUAGCGCCAUCUCUCGCUAUGAUGCAGAGGCAAAAACUACCAAUGGAAAAAGUACAACAAAUCAUGCGAGAAAGAGACUCCUCAUACGUGACAGAGACAAACAUAUUAACUAUAGUAGAAUAUUCCUUCGUCUGUCCGUUCAAGUGUAGACAUAACCACUUACUAUGCUACUACUGCGGUGAACUGUAUUCAGACCCCGAGCUUUUGAGACAGCAUACCCUCAAUACGCAUAACCCAAAGCGAUUCAAAGUGACCGAACAUAAGAAAAUGGUCAAAAUUGACCUCACUCGUAUAGAUUGUAGACUGUGUGGCAUUAAAAUCAAUGAUUUGGACAGUUUUAAGAAGCAUAUAUCAGAGAUACAUAAGAAAAAGUACUAUUUUAAUUAUAAAGAUUCAGUGUUGCCGUUUAAAUUGAGUCGGGAUGAGAUGAAGUGUGCUGUCUGUAACGUCUUGUUUCCUUAUUUUCAUGCGUUGAAUAAACAUAUGAAUGAACAUUACAGCAACUAUGUUUGUGAGACUUGUGGAUUGGGUUUCGUCGACAGAGGUCGCUUCGUAAUGCACCAACAACGACACGAAGAAGGCGACUUCCCCUGCCCGGACUGUGGGAAAGCGUUCAAAGCCUUAUACAAUAGAGACCUACACAUAGACAGAGUGCAUCGCAAGAAGGGACGUGUUUACUGUCCGAAGUGCGACGUCAAACUGAUGUCUUACUAUCAGAAGUUGAAGCAUUUGGUCGAGGUCCACGGAGAAGAGCCCCUCAGCUUCCCGUGUACGAUGUGUGAGCGAAUAUUCGAAACAAGACGGACGCUCACCAUACAUAGGCGGAAGGAACAUCUUAAAGAUUAUAGAUAUGAAUGCCAAUGCUGCGGCCAGAAGUUCUUCACUCGCUUCGCUCUAAACAAUCACAUGCCGACACACACCGGCGAGAGGAACUUCAAAUGUAAAGUCUGUGAAAAAUGUUACCCUCGUCUGAAAACCCUGAAGGAUCAUAUGCGAAUACAUACAAACGACAGAAGGUACCGAUGUCAUGUUUGUGGUCAGGCGUUUAUUCAGAAUUGCAGUUUGAAGGGACAUAUGAAAAGCCAGCAUCCGGAGUAUGAGAUGAGGUAG